AACAAAAGUAAAGUAAAGUCAUGUUCAAGUUAUCGGAGCUGGUGCGUUGGCUGGGACUGACUGAGUUCGAAAUAUUGGUGAAUCUGUGCGGACUACUAGUGUUCACCAUAACGCUAGCCUUUAAAAUCUCUGGCACGCUUAAUUAUGUCUUUCCCGAAUUGAUGAGUGACUGGUUUAGCAUAUUUAGUCCAUUGUUUUUCGUUGAUAUCUGUAACGCGUACUUCUGCGUUAUUGUAGGCAUACGUAUGUAUCUCGACGCCGAUAACAAACGCAAGGUGUUGCAUCGCUUCAUGUGGAGCACAUAUUUCCUAGUACUUAUUGCCAUCUUUAAGUAUCUUCUGUGUCUCAAACUGUCGGGCAAAAUGGGUCUGGAGUACAGUGAAGUUUUCUCCCCAAUAUUCGUUCUGCUGCAAUUGGUUGCAGUUCGUGCGUGCCAGCUGCCUAACUCUUAAUUAAUACAUUUAAUAAGUUAUUAUGUAGAAUCCUAAGCUAUCAAGUUAUCAAUAUACAAAUAAAAGUAAAUAUUUUUUGUACUA